AUGGCACAAACAGCUGUAGCACCGCCAAAGGAGCGUUAUGUACCAAACGGACUUAAGUUCGCUUUCGGCGGCCUUGCCGGCAUGGCUGCAACAUGCGUGGUCCAGCCAUUAGACCUGAUCAAAACUCGAAUGCAGUUAAGCGGCGGAGGCCGGGGCACCUUCGCCGUAGCUGGUGAAAUCGUCGCCAGGGAAGGCUUCUUCUCAUUAUACACAGGGCUCUCAGCAGCUCUUCUGAGACAAGCUACAUACACCACCACACGUCUCGGAGUAUACAGCUAUCUAUUUGAUGCCUAUAGAGAGCGCAACGGUGGUGCCACACCGGGGUUCGGCACGAAGACCCUGUUGGGUGUGGCCGCGGGAGGAAUAGGUGCUUUCGGUGGCACCCCCGCUGAAGUGGCUCUCAUCCGCAUGACGGCUGACGGCAGGCUCCCUAAAGAACAGCGCAGAAACUACAAGAAUGUUGCUGAUGCAUUAAUAAGGAUAGUGAAAGAAGAAGGUGUCUUAAAAUUAUGGCGUGGAGCUACGCCCACUGUUGGACGUGCUAUGGUGGUCAACGCUGCUCAACUCAGUACCUACUCGCAGGCUCGUGAGAUGUUCGUGGGCUACGUACCUGACGGUAUAUUCCUGCACUUCUGCGCGUCCAUGGUGUCUGGUCUCAUCACCACUAUCGCCUCUAUGCCCGUCGAUAUUAUAAAGACGAGGAUCCAGAACGCAGCCCAGGGUCAGAGUCAAUUAGGAGUGGUGACCAACCUCCUCAAGAACGAAGGUGUCCUUUCCCUGUGGAAGGGCUUCCUGCCGUACUACGCCCGUCUCGGACCUCACACCGUUCUAACCUUUAUAUUCCUUGAACAAAUGAAUGCUGCCUAUUUCAGAUUAACGUAA